ACCCCGCAUCUGCUCCCCUGCUCCCGUGGCCCUCCCGCCAGUCAACAGAUCAGGCGCCGCGCUUGCUCUGUGUGGGGUUUUGCGGGCCUGGCAGGCUGAACCGCCCCCGGCGGGCUUCUAGAGGCAGCAGUAGUCAGUAUGAAUGACACAGAGGUCUCCAAAACCAUCAACCAGAUGGUGAUGUUCAUCCGGCAGGAGGCCGAUGAGAAGGCGGCAGAGAUUGCUGUGUCGGCAGACGAGGAGUUUAAUAUCACCAAGCUGCAGCUGCUGGAGGCAGAGAAGGCGCGGGUGAAGAAGGAGUUUGAGCGGAGGGAGGGCUCGAUAGACGUCAAGAAGAAGGUGGAGUACAGCAAGCAGCUGAACGAGAGCCGGAUCAAGGUGCUGGCGGCGCGGGAGGGGGCGGUGCAGGCGCUGCUGCACGAGGCGUUUGCCGGGCUGGCCGCGCUUUCCAAGGACGGUACCGCCUACAAGAAGCUGCUCACAGACCUGCUGGUGCAGUCCCUGCACAAGCUGGAGGAGCCCAAGGCGCUGGUGCGGUGCCGCGCGGUGGACGUGCAGCUGGUGCAGGAGGCCAUGGCGGCGGCGCAGGGCAAGUACAAGGAGGCCUUUGGCAGCGCCGCCCCCGCCAUGGAGCUGGACGCCGCGCACCCGCUGCCGCCACCGCCCAAGGCGGGCAAGCACACGGACGAGGACGAGUUCCAGAGCUGCUGCGGCGGCGUGGUGGUCACCUCGGCCGACGGCAAGAUUGUGUGCUCCAACACGCUGGACGACCGCCUGCGCAUCACCUACGCCGGCAACCUGCCCUCCAUCCGCGCCCUGCUGUUUGGCGCGCCGCCCUCGGGCGUGUGAGCGGCGGGCGACGCCCGCCUCCAGAGACCCUGCCGAGCCCUGCUGCCCGGCGCGGGGCGCGUGUGGCGGCCAGGGGGCACCCGUGCGCGGCGAGCAGUCACCUUCCGUCCUCUCUUGGGGGCGGGCCUCCCAGGGGCCGCCCAGGGAGCUUCGGCCCGAGCCCAGGGCGUCGUGGGCACAGGGAGGCGAGCUGGCGCGCCGUCCCGUCCCCUUGCCUCUCCUGGCUACCCGCUGGCUACCCGCCCUCUGCGACCCGCUGCACUGACUGGCCCCUGCGCGUGCGCUGCGCCACACCUGUCCCUCGCAUUUUGCUUCUUCCGACUCCCCUCCUCCGUAAGUGCGGCGGGGCGCCCCCGUCCCGCCCUGUACCGCCGCCGCUCCCGUCCGCGGUGCGAUUUCAGCGCCCUGUGCAAGCUCUGUUGUAACCCUUCGGCGUUUAC